UUGCACCUCAGGUUUCUCGUGAAGUGCAAAGCCUCCAAUCGAACGCCGAGCUCCUCCAAUGGCGGCCUUCAUGGCGACGACCUCCUCCCUUCUCGCUAACCCCAAGCGCCUCCUCUCCCACCGCUCGUCCUGGGGAGGCCUCCGUCUACCCUACCCACACACCGGCCGCUCCUCCCUCUCCGUGACCGCCGCCAUCGCUACCCCCAAGUACGACCUUGACGGCUUCCGCUUCGCGCCCAUCAAGGAGUCCGUCGUCUCCCGAGAGAUGACGCGCCGUUACAUGACGGACAUGAUCACGUAUGCCGAUACCGACGUGGUCGUCGUCUGCGCAGGCUCCGCUGGGCUUUCCUGUGCGUUCGAGCUCUCCAAGGACCCUUCCGUCCGCGUGGCCAUCGUGGAGCAGUCGGUCUCCCCUGGCGGCGGAGCGUGGCUCGGCGGCCAGCUGUUCUCCGCCAUGGUCAUCCGCAAGCCCGCCCACCUCUUCCUCGACGAGCUCGGCGUACCCUACGACGAGGCCGACAACUACGUCGUCGUCCGCCACGCUGCCCUCCUCACCUCCACCAUCAUGAGCCGCCUCCUCGCCCGCCCUAACGUCAAGCUCUUCAACGCCGUCGCGGCAGAGGACCUCAUCGUCAAGGACGGCCGCGUCGCCGGCGUCGUCACCAACUGGGCGCUGGUGUCCAUGAACCACGACACCCAGUCGUGCAUGGAUCCCAACGUGAUGGAGGCCAGGGUGGUGGUCAGCUCCUGCGGCCACGACGGCCCUUUCGGCGCCACCGGCGUGAAGCGGCUCAAGGAUAUCGGGAUGAUCGGGUCGGUCCCCGGGAUGAAGGCCCUCGACAUGAACACCGCGGAGGACGCUAUCGUGCGCCUCACCAGGGAGGUCGUGCCUGGCAUGAUCGUCACCGGCAUGGAAGUCGCCGAGAUCGACGGCUCUCCGAGAAUGGGGCCAACCUUCGGGGCUAUGCUGAUCUCGGGGCAGAAGGCGGCGCACCUGGCUCUGAAGGCGUUGGGGCGGCCCAACGCCAUCGACGGCAGCAUCGGGGAGGAGUCGGUGCGCCCGGAGCUGGUGCUGGCGUCGUCCGACGCCGGGGAGAUCGUGGACGCAUAGGACUUCGCAGCAGGAACAAAGCGUCAUGGUCGGAAUUAAUAAAGAAGCAGUUGGUUUCCGACGUGGAUGAUGAUCAGGAUGAGGAGUUUGGGAUGUACUCUCUCUAUCUCUCUCUCGAUUGCCUCUUUGGUUGUUCAAUUUGUCUGUCCUUGUUAAGAAAGGAAGUGCUGUCUUUUCUAGCAA